UUUAUCACAACGCCCACUUUCGUUAAGUAUAUUAUGAAAAAGUAGAAAGUCUUAUGAACUUAAGUUGAAAAUAAGGCUACAAUGAAGAUGCAGUAUUUCAUAAUACUGAUUGUAGUAGGAAUUGUGUGGUGUACCAAUUAUCAUUUAAGAAGAAAUAUCAAAUGUACCAAGUCAUAUGACUGUACUUCAACCGCACCUUGCUGUAGGGAUGCUCACAAUCGUACACUUACUAACCAGGACCACCUUGUCCCGCGUCUAGACCGUUCAAAUGGAACUUGUUCAAGUGUACUUGGAAAGAAGGAUGACUUUUGUGAUUCUUCUUGUGGAUGCAAAACAGGUUACAAAUGUUAUAGACCUAUGGCUGGAAUAGAACUUCCAACGAGAUGUUAUAAUGCCACGUGGGUAGAACAGCAACAACAUUACUGGGCUAAUUGUCACCCACCAACAUGUUAUUAUCCUCCAUAAGUCAUACCAUAAGAAAAUAAAGAUAGUGAACCACGUUUUUAUAGUAGACAAGAUUUACAACAGAAAACAACUGUAUUAAACUGUUUAAAGCAAUCGGUUAUGUUAUUAUAAAUAUUUCUCUUAGACUCUUCUGAGCAGAUUUAAACUUUUCCUGACCUGUCGAUUAUUUUUUGUUAUAUUAAACAUGUGGUUCGUUUGA